AUGUCAACAACAUCAUAUCGCACUGCUACCGCGGGUAGUCAAUGGCCGCCCUCCUACAACUCUACAACGGCCGCAAUCGGGGCUAAUACUGACCGAUCAAUUGGGCAACCGCCGGACUUUGACCCUCCGACACCUCCUACAAGUCGUCCUUGGAGUCCACCAGUUCCACGAUCCGAGAUCUCUACACAGCCAUGGCCGUUCAGUGACGGAGGCGGGACUACUAUUGUUGACCGAACUGUCAAGAAGAGAUCAUCGGCGACAAAGUGGUUCCUGGCUGGGAUAGUCGUGGUGCUUCUUAUCAUCAUUGCCAUCCUUGGUGGUGUGUUUGGAAGUCGCUUGGCAACGCAAAACUCUUCUAGUAGCUCGAAUGGCUCUUCUGCGGGUGACUCAGGUAAUGAACCCGGAGGAACCGUCAGCCAGGGAAAACCAACUGCCUUUCCCGACCCUUCAGGCGGCCGUGGCAAUUCAGGCGGAAACGCAACGCCUACUUCCCCAACCGACUCCUCGCCAACCUUCGAAUCCAAUUCCGUCUGUCAAGGCAAUAUCUGCCCCUCUGUCCUCUCCGUUGCGCAGUACGCUUCGCCUCCCACCGCCUUCCUCUUCGGCCUCGGGCAAGACAACGCGGUAUGGUACCGCACCACCAACGGCGAGAAGUGGCUCUCUGACUGGGAGUCACUGGGCGGUGACAUGAUUUCCCAGCCUUCCGCCGCUUCGUUGGAUAACAACCUGGUAGAUGUGUUUGUUUAUGCAAAGAAUAACACUAUCCAAACGAAAAGGUUUUACAACGGGAAAUGGAACGACACUUGGACUGAGCUCGGGAAGGCAAUUACCAGUCCGCCCUAUGCAGUAGCGUGUGGUGACUCACAAAUGGACGUGGCGAUCAGAGGGACGGAUGGGGGCUUGUAUAGGAUCUACUACAAGCCGUAUGCUGGGUGGUCAGGAUGGGAGAGUCAUGGUGGUGGGCUGUCAUCGUACCCGGUUAUUGGAUGUGGACCGGGACCGUGGAGAAUGGCGGUACUUGGGUUUCGAGGCACAUCCCAGCCGUUAUUUACCACCACUUGGCUCGGUGCUUGGACAGGAUGGGUGGAGGCAGGGGGGGACUUCAGGGGGCAGCUGGCCAUCGCUUCGAGAACAGUCGAAGAGAGUUUUGUGUUUGGGAUAACGGUAAACAGAACUAUGAAAUACUACAACUGGACCAAGACUGGGGAUGCGGAAACGAACAACCUGGUGGAUUUGGGAGGGAGUUUCCAGUCCACUCCGGUGGUGUAUGUUAGUGGGCCGGAUAGGUUGGAUGUGUUGGCUGUGGGGAGGGAUGAUAGGUUGAAGCAUAAGGCGUUGAUUGGGCAGAAGUGGGCGGAAGAGUGGCAGGAUUUGGGGGGCGCGUUUAAUAGUACACCGGCUGUGGUGUCGUUGGUAAGGGGGAAGGUGUCGGUUUAUGGGUUGGGGGUAAAUGGCAUGUUGUUUCAUGGGACGUGGAAGGUUGGGAAGGAGUUUGAGUGGAGUGGGGGGCCGGAGUGGUUGGCUGACGGGGGGGAGUUGUCGUUGACGGGGAUGAAGUUUAGUGGGGUUUAAGUGUUUACUAGGAGAUACCUUAGGUACCUAGUUUUAGCCGAUUCAUGGUCCUUGGAUUCAGAUGGCAG